GCCGCCGGGUAUGAGCGGGGCGGAGUUAGAGAGAGCAAGCGACCAGUGGUGGGGCGGGGGGAGAAAACACGAAACGUUUGAUCACAGGGAAGACGGCGCAGCGGAAGUGUUUGAGUUUAGAUGCUUUACGAGUCCUGCAUGAAAAGGAAAAAUGAGACUCAGGUCUCAGAAAACGACUACCGUUGCUGCGGAGACGCCGAGGAGGACGCGCCAACGGUCGAGACAAACGCGCCUCUCGACGACGGACACGGAGAGCCCGUUACCGGACAAGAAUGAGGAGGAGCCCCCGGUUUGCCCGGCGGAGGAAGAAGUUCCCACGGUGAAACGGCGGCCUCUUCCUCGCGGCCGGGCGAGGAAGAGGCCGCGGGCCAUCGCCGUGGAGGACAGCGAGUCGAGUGUAUUAGCUUCAACAGCAGAUCUGGCGUUCAACACGCCACUCAGGCCCGUAGUGCACCACGAGCGCGUUCUGUCGGAGAUCGACGUGGCGUCUCCCCGUAACUCCACGGCCAGAAACAUCUAUCCGCCCAUCGUCCGCUUCCUCACGCCCAGCAAGGAGAACCUGAAGUGCUCCGAAGCCGGCAACAGCGUGUUGAUGAGCCCGGAACAAGGCGUGUUUGGUUACGGCUCCAUGGACCUCCUGGCCGGAGACGAGGAUGACGACGUCUUCGACCCGUUCACCUUCAUCAAGAACAUCCCGUCGCAGUCUCAGCACUCCCGGCCGUGUCUCAGGGAUAUUCCGCCCAAGACCAGGAGCACUCCAGAGGCCACGCUGGUGGUCGACCUGGAGGAGACGCUCAUGUUUAGCUCCCUGAAUGUGAUCGAAGAAGCAGAUUAUAGUUUCUAUGCAACAUUCCAGGAUCACCAGUACAAGGUCUACAUGAUCCUACGACCACACGUGCGAGAGUUUCUUCAGUCUAUGGCAAAGAUCUAUGAGCUGUUUGUUUACACGUGCGCAAAAAAGGAAUACGCCGAGAAGAUCCUGGAGAUCCUGGACCCCCAGAAAAAACUGUUCCGACACCGUCUGUAUCAGGAUGACUGCGCCUGCGUCCUCGGACACUAUAUUAAGGACCUGGGCAUCCUCGGGAGGGACCUGACUAAAACGGUGGUUCUGGACAACGCGCCACACACGUACCCGUACCACCUGAUGAACACCAUACCUAUAAAGAGCUGGUCUGGAGGACUAGAAGACAAAGAGCUGCAGAAGCUCGUCCCCUACAUGGAGAAACUGGCUGCAGCUGAGGAUUUUCAGGAGGUGCUGAAGAAGAGGAAGGACCACUUCCACCGGCUGCUGUCCGAGGACUGACAGACCCCCCCACCACCACAUGACUGUUGCAGCUCAUGUUUGGGUUGAAACGCAGACUCCAGCUCCGAUCGCCCAGCCAGCAGGCAGCGAAUCAGCAGGAGCAGCCCGCUGGUUCUCCUCCGGUUCUCCUCCGGUUCUCCCUGACCACUCUGAAGGCCGGCACAUUUUAAAGAUGCUGCUGAUCCGUUGUCACUUGAACCGCAGCUUCUCUCCAGAACCGGUUCCUUAAGCAACAAACUUGCUAACAUCUGUAAAUAUUUCCAGAACAAAACUUGAAUUUUGUUUAUACUUCUAAUUUUUUUCUAUUUAUUAAUCAUAUUGCUAAUCGACAGCUUUUAUCUGUAUAUUUUAGGAAUGCGUUUUGUUGAAUGCCAAUAUAUUUACCCUGAUAAUAAAUGUCUAAAACAGUGUUA